AUGUCCUUCCUUGCACUAACCGAUGAUUUCGAACUAGAUCGGCAACUUCCAAGUGUUACGUGUCGACAGUGUAUUCAACUAUGGCACAUGCUUGCCAAAGAUUCUCGUUCUAUAUGUGGACCGCAUUCACGUACUUGUACGGGAAACGUUUGCUUUAUGAGACAGUGUAAGAAUUGUCCGGUGUAUCAAUAUAUGGCCGGUUGUUUAACAUUAACUGACUGGCAGCUCACCGAUUUAACAUUUUCACGACAACGUGCCGAACUGCUUGCGACACGUGUAGGAGCUACGCUUCUUUGCGAAGAUUCCGUGAAUCAGACGACUUGUAUUUGCAAUCGUAAAAAUAAGUGCAAUGAUAUUCAUGCGCGGGCACCAUUUUCCACGUACAGCGCACCACUCUUCGGUGGUAUUAUAAAUUUUGACGCGGUGAUCGCCAAAAUCGAUCCAUAUUAUAAUGACGUUAUCCGGUCAAAGCAUUCAUCGAGACACUACACAGCUGAUAUGGCUAUUCGCCCAAUGUCUAUUCAAGCAUUCUUUCUAAAUUGCUCAGCGCUUUUUCUUUCAUUUUUCUUGCCUUUAUACAAUGGAUAUUUUGAGGCCUGA